AUGAUGAUGCCUAAGCUUGAAUGCCUAAAGCGCUUCAAAUGCGCGAGAACGAAGGCAUGGUUUAGCACCGUUAAAUCGGGUCUAUCCAGUGAAGAUCUAAAAAAAAUUAAAGACCUCCGAAAAAUUACAAACCUGUCAGUAGGCAUAUGUAAGAAUAUUCUGAACAAGAAUGAGUAUAACAUUGAAAAAAGUGUAGAUUAUAUUUUCCAAAAUUUUAAUAAAAGUUACGAGAAGGAUGCGAAAUUAACAGAAGGGUAUUACUGCUUAUCGUCAAAGGGAAACUCCACAGCGAUAACAGAGCUCAACAGCUACAAUGACUUAGUAUCGGAGAAUAUACAUUUUAAGGAACUGUUAAUUAACUUGUGUAACAAAUUAAUAGGAGAUAAUGUAACUAGAAAAGCAGGACCGUUAAAUUUGGACGAAGAAGUAUUGUCUGAUUAUUUACCCCUAUUUUAUGAUGAAAACAAAAUCAAGGUUGAUAAAAUGCUAAACCGUGUGGAACUUAAAGAUAUUUUUAAGCAUAUAUAUUUUAACAGGACCAUAAGCCAGUUAAUUAACUACACAUCGUACAUUUUAAAUGACCACAUAUUUUUAAGGAAAUAUUUACUCCUUAAUUUAGAUCAUUUGAAAAGUUGCCACCCAAAUGUGUACAUUAUUAAAAAGAGUUAUCAUCAUAAAGAAACCAAAAUUGACAACUUUGUUUUAUGUAAAGGUUUUUCCUUUUCAUUUCUAUUUAUUAAGUCUGAUGAAGCUAUUCCAGAGGCUGCCAAAUUGAUCUUAGAAAAAUUCGCUUCACUUAUAUGCGUAAACAUUCUGAUAUAUAAAUCGAAGCGAUGUUCCAGCGAAAACCAGUUUGACAUUCAUGGCUGUUUUUAUGUCAAUCACCUUGGGCGUUCCGCGAAUGAAUUGAAACAAAAUGGACAUAGGGCUUUAGCGCAAGAGGGGAAUCAAAUGGGCAACACAAGUGGAAAUGCUAUGGAAGGAGGAACAGCCUUUGAAGAGCUUGACGACUUUUUGCAAAAAAAGGUGCAAUCAUUCUGCAUAUUAAGUGAGUACAUAGAAAAAAUGGAUUACAAAGGGUUAGCAAAUAUUUCCAAAGGGGAUGUAACAUUUUCAGAAAUAAUUAAAAUUAUGGAGGACGAAUUCAAGAUAAAAAUUUUUGUGAAAAUUUUGUAUUCUAUGCUUAAUGAGGAUAUGCUCAUUUUAUAA